ACUUGCAAGGCAGGCGGUAGAACCACUGAGCUAAAUCCCCAGCCGUAUUCACUGGUACUUCAUGCUUUAUAUUCAUUCUUCUUGAAUCUUCCUAAUAUUUUUAAGUUGAAGUUAACCAGAUUUUGUAAAUGAAGUACCUGAGACUCAAAGAAGUCAAAUGACUCCAAAAUUACCCAGUAUGGGCAGUAGCACACUCUUAGAAGAGUAAAAACUCAAGUUUGAAUCUAUGCCUGUCUGCACGGUACACUUUAAUAGAUCCCUGAUUGUGAUACUUACAGUUGUCUGGAAUAUAAGUGCAUGGAUCUAUACUGAAGAAAUAUAACCUUGUGAUGAAUAGAGCCAGAAAGAAAGAAACCCCUGCAACCAAGGAUCAAACUCAGGUCCUUGCACUUGCCAGGCAGGCACAGAGCCACUGAGCCAAAUCUCCAGUCCCUGAUGAACCUUAUUAUUAAGCAAAUCCCAUAUACUAAACCUAUAUUAAAGUUGUUUUCAAGUCACCUAGUAGUCCAUUGUGAGUCAACAUUAGAUGAAUUCCUCGAAGUCAUUCCAGUGGUUUUACUCCCUUCUCAUUCUUACUCUUCCCUCAAAGUCCCAUUACUACUUGCUGUCAUUGACUUUAGCUUAUUAAUCGGGGGAGAGGGGCAAAGGAGGGAAGAGUACGCAGUUUUCUCCUAUCCUCUGCAUAGGAAUAGAGUAAAGAAAACAGCCCCUUGGUUUUCAACCUCAGUGAAACAUUUCCAUUUUUCUUCUAAUUUUUUUUCACGCUAAUGGAUUUUUUUUUUUUUUUACUCUCAGUGUUAUGUGUUGUGCCAUUAUGCUAAUUGGGUUUUCUGUGUCUUACAUACUAGCCCUUUAUAGCGGGGAUAAUUGGCCAAGAGAGUGGUGAUCUGCCACAGGAACUUGGAGGGUAUUUUACAAAUAUUUGACUGUUGUACUUAUUCUAUGCUAGAAAGUUUUCAAAGUACUUUGUGAACAUUCUCUACCUCCUCAAAACUUCAUGAAAUUUUUCUUUUAAAUAUUAUCUCCCAUUUUUAAGAUGAGAAAAGCAGGGAACAAGAUUAGUCGCUGAAUGUCACGAAUGACUGUCAGAGCAAACCCACAUCUGAAUCCAAAGCCUUUACUUUCCUUAAAUCAGCACCCCACCUGUCUAUACUAUACGUUCGACUUUUGGGUUGUAUCAAAAUGUAGGCCAAUAUGUGUUAAAGCGUAGUACUUAGUGAUCUAUGUGACUAAUAGAUUUGAGUCUUCACAUCUAUCAUUUGGCUAAAGAAAAAGUAGCUAAAUUGCUGUGGCUGGGAUUCCAUGUGAUAACCUGAGCACAGAGGAUGUGGCAAACUCCCUCCCUAAGAUAUUAAGUCUGAAACUCAGCCCUGGCCCGGCCUUCCCCAUUUGCUCUCAGCUUACGCUGAUUUCAUCAAAUCAACUGCCGGUGUGGACAGAGUAUGCGCGAAACCAUGGCAAAAGUCCUUGGCGCUAAACAAGUAGCUUCUGACGAGGGCUGCCCACGGACCAAUCACUUCCUUCACACAAGCCCCUGUGGUGCGGGCAGAAGGUUCCGGGAGACGAGGAUUCAGAGACAGUUGAAGGUCCUGGACGAAAUGAAUUCACCAGAGAGCCGGAGAAGGAUUUAGGGUUCCACCCCAGGGUCAGAUCUUCUAUUUUCUUCGUUGCCUGGCCUGCCCAACCCAACUUGCAAAGUACAGUAGAAUGCUCUUCUACCAAACGAGAUGAAGAGCAGUAGCAUAUCACAGCAAGGAAGCGGAACUCACGCGGCUUCCGGGUUUCGCUCUGGCUUUCGGUUUCCUCCCCGCCUUUUCCGUUUCCGGCCGCGCGCCCUUUCCCCCGCUUUCCUUGUUAGAGCCGUUGCGGCUGCAGUCUAGCGGAGGCUGUUCGUACCCGGAGUUCUAUGGCUGUCUCGGGAUCUGUGAAGACUGCACUGCAGGUGGCCGAAGUUCUGGAGGCAAUUGUGAGCCGCUGCGUGGGGCCCGAAGGGCGGCAAGUUUUGUGUACGAAGCCCACCGGCGAGGUGCUGCUCAGCCGUGAUGGAGGCCGCCUCCUGGAGGCGCUACACUUAGACCAUCCAAUAGCGAGGAUAAUAGUGGCGUGUGUUUCCAGUCAUCUCAAAAAAACAGGAGAUGGUGCUAAAACCUUUAUUAUCUUUCUUUGCCACUUACUCAGAGGACUUCAUUCAAUCACAGAAAAAGAAAAAGCUUUGAUUUUGGAAAAUACUCAAACCUUUGAAAGACGUUGGAAAAAUUGUUGUCAGUGGAAAUGUAUUUCCCAAGCUCUAUUAACGUUUCAGACACAAAUACUAGACUGUAUUAUGGAUCAGUACUUAAGCAGACACUUUUUAUCCAUCUUUUCUGCAUCUGCUAAAGAAAGAACAUUGUGUAGGAGCGCCUUAGAGUUACUCUUAGAAGCAUACUUUUGUGGAAGAGUGGGAAGAAAUAAUCACAAAUUUAUUUCACAAUUGAUGUGUGACUACUUUUUCAAGUGUAUGACUUCUAAAAGUGGGAUGGAAGUAUUUGAGUUAGUGGAUGACUGUUUUUUAGAGUUGAAUAUCAAUGUCACUGGCCUUCCUGUGUCAGAGUCUAGGAUCGUAGAUGGUCUUCUGCUUCACAGAGAUUUUUCGGUUUACUGUCCAGCAGAUGGUGACAUAAGAGUGGCAAUAGUAAGAGAAAUCAUUCAGCCUGUUUUUUCAACUUCUAGAUCAGAGUUUGUUGUAAAUUCAGAAGCACAGUUUCAGGCAUCUCAGAUUUGGAUUAUGGAAAGGACAAAAUCAGUAAUGAAACAUUUACUUAAUCAGAAUGUAAAAUUGCUCCUAUCUAGUGUGAAACAACCAGAUUUAGUUAUGUAUUAUGCAAGACUGAAUGGCAUAUCAGUGGUGGACUGUUUAUCAUCAGAGGAAGUUUCUGUUAUCCAAAGGAUUAUUGGUUUUACCCCAUUAGUACUUCCACAGGCAUCUUUACAGUGUGAAAUUUCUGACACUGCUUUGGUAAAAUUUUGUAAACCUUUUAUCCUUAGAUGCAAAAGAUAUGUUCAUCUUGGUCUAAUUAGCACAUGUACAUUUAUACCACACUGUAUAAUUCUUUGUGGACCAGUGCAGGGUCUUGUUGAACAACAUGAAAAUGCUUUAUAUGGAGCAUUUAAAAUGCUUCGGCAGUUAUUUAAAGACUUUGAUCUAAAUUAUGUUAAAAAAGACAAUAACCAAAAUGACACAUUAAGUCCUCCAAUUUAUAAAAAUUGUGGAAAAAGUAAUCAGUUACCCAAAAGUUAUACUCAGUCUAUACAAAGGCCUUAUCAAGACACAGGUAUAAAGAGCAAUGAUGAAUUGGAAGAAACUCAGUAUUUAAAAGUACACUCAAAUUUGGUGGUUUCAAAUGUUGAAUUAGAAACAUAUACUCCAUGUUCACCACCAAAAGUGACACCAACAGAUGCAGUCCACACAGAUGAAACAUGGAGGUGUUUGCCUCUUGAAAAUGACAGGGUAAUUGAUGACUAUGAACUAUUAAUUGAGAGUAAUUCCAUUAGUAAUUCUAUCAUAGACAACACUAGAAUAGAAAUUUCUUAUGAAAAUUUCCAGAUCAUAGAUACCGCUAAAAAGGGGAGCAUGUUACCAGUGAAAUACAGAUCACUAGAUAUGUGUACUUCACAGAGUUUCUGUUCAUCAUCUAUACCAGCAGGUUGUGUUUUACCUGUGGGUGGGAGUUUUGAGAUCUUACUACAUUAUUAUCUUCUCAACUAUGCCAAAAAAUGUCAACAAUUAGAAGAAAUCAUUAGUAAGUUAAUAGCCGAUGCACUUUUAGGCAUUCCCAAAAUCCUUUAUAAAUCUAAGAAAGGCAAUCACAGCUUUCCACAAAUAUAUUUGAGAGCUCUCCACACACUGCAAACAAAUCAACCCAUGGUAAGGAGUCAGACAGGUUUGGAAUCAGUAACUGGUAAAUACCAUUUACUAACUUCAGUUCUUCAAUGUUUAACAAAAAUAUUAACCAUUGAUUUGGUAAUUAAUAUUAAGAGACAUCCUCAAAAAAAUUCUGAUCAGGAUUCUGAUGAUGAACUUCAACAUUAGAAGUUUUUUUGUUAACCAAUCUUUUAAUCCAACUUGAACCAUAAAGUAAAGCAGGCAUCUGACUAUUUGUUCUCAAGUCAUUUCAGUCUGGUCUGGAAAACAGCAUGUAACUUCAAAUGUCUUUAAAAGUAUGCUAAGGCUACCAGAUCAUUCAGAUGCAAAUAAAAGUCUACUUUAUAGAACCAAACUAAAGGGGAAAACAAGAUCUAGCGAAAUAUGUCUCUUUCUCCUUAUGUCUUUGUGUGUCUCACCUCUGUGUUAGUCUGUAUUUAAAGGAGGGUGUUUUAAUAAUUGCUUUUCACUUUUAAUUUUGGAUGGGAUCUUCAAAUGACAUCUUGAUUGGUUUAUCAAUAAUUCAAUAUAUAAACAUUUGCUUCAUUUAAAAUAUUUGCCUACUUCUAUAACUUGUAAAGUAGUGAAGUCUCAUUUUUUCUUUUAAAAAGCAUAUAAAUUAAACUAGUUCUUACUUUCAUGUGCCACUGUUUCACUUCUAUCCCACUGGAAAAGGCUUGAAUUUUCAUAAUUCAUACAUCACUGAAUAUAUGAUAAUGAAAAAUAGGAUUGUGCAUUGUGAAUUCUUUUUUAUUUCUGUAAUUAAAAGUUAAUUCCAGGGCUGGGAAUUUAGCUCAGUGUC